GCACAACAGAUAGCAUCGGGCACUCGGCCUGGAAGGGGUGCUGCCUGAGAUUUUUGCCUCUGUGAGGGGGAUGCAGCCUCAAGGCGCCAUCUUUUUGGCCCUUCCCCACCUGGGGCCCAUCCUGCUCUGGCUGCUCACCCGUCAUCAGAUGUCCGGUUGGUACGACAACCCAAAGAAACCGCCUUGGUGCCCACCUCACAAAGUCUUGUUGGCAGGGUGGAUCACCGUCUACUUUAUCAUGGGCUAUGCCUCCUACCUGGUGUGGAAGGACCUGGGAGGGGGCUUUGGGCGGCCCCUGGCCCUGCCUUGCGGCCUCUAUGCUGUGCAGCUCGCCGUCAGCUGGGCUGUCCUGAUUCUCUUUUUCGCAGCCCACACCCAUGGUCUGGCCCUGCUGCACUUGCUGCUGCUGUACGGACUAGUGGUGACCACGGCGCUGAUCUGGCAUCCCAUCAACAAGCUGGCCGCCCUGCUCCUGCUGCCUUACCUGGCCUGGCUCACCGUGACCGCUUCCGUCGCCUACCACCUAUGGAGAGACAGCCUCUGUUCAAACCAUCAGCCUCAGCCCAUGGGGGAGAAGAGCGACUGAGGCACCAGGGGCAGGAGGGGAGGGAGGAUGGCCAGGGUAGGGGUAGAAGAGAAUGCAGGCAGGGCUGUGGGGCUAUUGGGGGGAGAGGGGAGAAGGCGGAGG